UUUAACGCUUACGUCUCAGAUUUUAUAGAUAUCAAAUUGUAUCCAAAAUUUCUUUGAUCGGUCGAUCUCCCACAUUUUAAAUAAGGCUAGGAAUAUAUAUGAUAAAAUGAAGAUGCUCAACUCAGCGGACCAAAACGUCUCAACCGACAAUUAAUUAUUAAAAAUCCCAGAUGAUAUGAAAGCCCGACGUAUUAUGCUUCCCUAUAUGGCUACGCUUCUAUAUAUAGAUAUUACUUAACUGGCCUUGUAGCCUUUGAUAUAUAUUAUACAUGGACAAUUAUGGCAAGCAAAAAAAUCACUUGCCCUAGUUGCAAGCAAUGGGUUCAAAUGACGCUGUAUGCCACACAGCACCGAUGCGUCUGCGGUCAUGUAAUCACGACUCGCAGUGCUGCUGCAGAAACACAACGAGAAACUAGUAUUCAUGGUCAUGGAGAUCACAAACGUGAGCGUCAUAGCUUGAGGAGAUGGUUUGGCAGGUGUUUUCAAACCAAGGAAUCAUCAUCAAACAAUUCUUCUAGUACUUGUAGUUCAAGUCGUAAUAGUUUCAAGCAAUCUUAUACAGGGACAGGGACAGGGACAGGGACAGGGACGCCGAUGUCGUUGCCCUCCUCCAGCUCGAAGGAGCCAGUACCCAGUGGAUCACGAGCAAACAAGCGUGCACUUCUUUGCGGGGUGACAUACAAGCAACAUAAAUACAAGCUCAAAGGCACUUAUAAUGAUGUGAAAAACAUGGAAAACUUGCUGACUAAGACCUUCAGUUUUCCUGCCAACUGCAUACGCAUACUUUCAGAAGAUGAUCCGCGUGACCUAGAGCGGAUUCCUACAAAGAAAAAUAUAGAAAAUUCCUUGAAAUGGCUUGUGGAGGGAUGCCAGCGGGGAGACUCGUUGGUUUUUUACUUCUCGGGGCAUGGCUUACGACAGCCUGAUUUCAAAAACGAUGAGCUUGAUGGGUUCGACGAGACCAUUUGCCCUGUUGAUUUUAUGAAAGAGGGAAUGAUCCUUGACAAUGAUAUCAAUGAAACCAUUGUUUGGCCACUCGAGAAGGGUGUCACACUUCACGCUAUCGUUGAUGCUUGUCACAGUGGAACAAUUCUUGAUCUGGAGCACGUGUAUGACCGUAAACUGAAUGCUUGGAAAGAUAAUAGUCCUCCAUCUCGUGCUAGAAAAAGUACAAAGGGUGGGUUAGCGAUUUCUCUUAGUGCUUGCGAAGAUGAUAAAAUGGCAGCUGAUACUACUGCUUUUGCUGGAAAAUCAAUGAAUGGUGCAAUGACAUACAUUCUCACUGAAACUGUUCGGAACAAGACCGACAUAACAUAUGGAGAUUUGCUCGACGAGAUGGUAAAGUACAUUAAAAAGAUUAACAGCGAAAGAUGGACUAACUCAAGAUUCUUGAGGACUGUACUUCGACACAAAACCAUACAGCUGAGUUAUCAGCUACGGAGAAGAACGGUAAACCAUCUGAAUGUCCUUGGGAAAAAGAUGGCUCGGCAUCCACCUCUGACGAGUUAGAGAAGUCUGGUAAUAAUCAGGAUGGAGCUACUCACUGCAAGAUAGAUGCUUCUUCGGAUGACAAAUGUAUUUGUGAUGCAGUAGGGGAUGCAAUUUUGAAUUGCACAAGUGCAUCAGAGCAGCCCAAUGUCAUUGAACACAGCGCUAACAAGAAUAGUGAACAAGCAAUUGACUUUGGUAGCAGCAUUGAUCACGAACCAUCUAAAUCUAAUGAUACUUUGAUAGAAUCUGUAUGCCAAGCUUAUGAAGGAAAUGAACUGCAAAUCGGGAUUUCUGACUCCUCAGUACCACUGGUGCAAUCAUCGGUCUGCUUUCCCACAUCUACUACAAUAUUGGAUAAGGUACUAUCAAGCAUUGCUGCCAUAUUUUGUUUCUUUCUGGUUUCCAGAUAUACUGAUACACCUGAGUCGCGUUCAAAGUUUUUUCUUCAAAACUAAAACCGAAAUUCUUGUUGGAGAACUGGCAUUGAAAGAAUAUAUAUCAUGUUUCUUUUUACCCACAUCUACUGCUAGAUAGGAUAAGGUACUAUCAAGCAUGGCUGCCAUAUUUUGUUUCUUUCUGGUUUCCAGAUACACUGAUACACCUGAGUCUCAUGCAAACUUUUUUCUUCAAAAUUAAAACCGAAAUUAUUGUUGAAGAACUGACAUUCAAACUUUUUCCUAGAUUGCAACCCUGCCCGAAAUAUAGCAAAUAUAAGUAGUCUAUAAUUUUGUUUAUAUGGUUUUUGUUGCUUGAAUUUGUUUGUAAGUUGUCAGUGUGUUGGCUAUGGAACUAUUAGUCUAUUGUCUUUUUGUACGGUGGUCUAGUUUUAUUUUGGUAAGAAUCUCUUUUCCUACUAAAGGGAAGAAGCUAAUGUUUACUGAUCAAAUAAUUGUCUACUUUGUCUAUCAAAAUAUUUGAUUCAAAUACUAUUACUUCUUUUGUCGCAUCAAAUCCGUCAGAUUUAA